GUUGAGCAUUGAAAAUGACAGAAAAUAUACAAUCCACAAAUGUUAAUAAUUUAAAAUCCGAUCCCACCGAUUUGUUCGAACGCUUAAUAAACAAAUCAAAACCGAAAGAGAAUAGAUGGGACCGCAUUAGACGAAAACAUUUGAACAACAUUACCGUCACAUCGAAGACAGUUAAACGGUUCUUCAAUAUGGACCUGAUCGAUGAAAGUCAAAUGCGGAUUUUAAACGGAGACUGUAGUGCUCAGAAGACUUCUCUUAAUCCGGUUCUGGUGAUGGAUAUCAGACACGAAAUGAUCAAAAGAAAACCAAAAGAUGAGCGAAGUAAACCUGCGUUGAAUCCGGUACGAGCCUAUCAGCAAGAGCACCUAGAGAAUCAUCGGCAAAACAUUGAGUCGACACUAUUCGAAAACGAACUGAACAAAUUUCGAAAACAUAUCACCAAAGGAGGAUCCAACGGCAAGAAAAAUCAAGUCAAUGAGCAGAAGAAAAGUUUCCUGCUCAUUGACCUACCCAAGAUUGAUAAUAGUCUGAUAUACGACAGUUUGAAUGAAUGUGAAAAGUUUACGACCGACUUCUAUAGAACUGCCAUUCGUGGCUCAGAGAGUUUGAUUGAACAAUGUCAACAAGAAAAUUUCAAUUUGUUCAAAGAACCAGCGAGAAUAGAGGAAAUCAUAGAGGACUCAGAACAACCUCCAUCGAACGACUUCGAUACUGAGGUUAAUGCCGUUCAAGACAAGGAAGAAGAAAACAAGAUUGUGCGAUUUGGAGAUACACAAGUGAUUACCUAUCCAGCGGAUGAAUCAUCAUUUUCCCUCGAUGGGUCAGAGUACGAUUUCGAUGAUAAUGAACUGUUUUUGGAAUCUCUUGACUCCGAUCUAGAUGAAUUUGAUGAAACUGAGUUUUUGUCUACGGAAACUGCUUCAGAGCAUAGCAAUGAUGACGAUACGCAAACAAUUUUCCACACUGAUUCUGGAGAUUUCUACUUUACAAUAACUCGUAUGGAAGAUUCGAGCGGCUCUUCAAAACAAAGCAAUGAUUUUGGAAAAGAUAGACUAACUUACAACUAUGAUUCACCAGAAAUAGUUGAUGAACAUGUGCUCCCGCUGAACGAAGGUGAUUUAAUUAUGGUGAAACGUUGUGAAAUGGAUGAAAAGGAUUACAGCAAACUGCGUGUCACAAACUACAAACCAGGGAUUGAAACCAAAAUAAACGAUGAUAAAAUAGAAAUUUCUGAAGCAUCACGUAAAGUAAUCAGUGCAGCGUUGAAAGAAGGGUUCAUGCAAAAUUACGAUCAUGCUCUACUCAAACAAUAUUUUUUCAAAUGGUUACAAUUCACAAUACUCGAGAAAAUAUCCAAAGGUGCAGGGCUUAUCUCGACACGAGAACAGAAACUAAAACGAAUCAAUGAUUUUAUCAAUAACAUUCGAGCAAAUAAAAAAAAAGCUAUCAAAUCCAACAUUAGCAAGUCGCAGACGACUUACGUUAAAAAGGACUACGAACACAGAAUGAAGGUUCAACAAGACAUAAUUGAAUUGCAAAAACUGAAACUCGAACGUCAAGAACGCAUAAUCACUGAACUGAAAUUAUCGAAAUUUUCAGAAGCGGCGAAGCUAUCAAAGAUGGAAAUACAAAACGAACUACACAAAGCAAUGCGGAAUGGUCACGUGCGGUUACGUGCGAAAGCCAAGUGUAUUCAAAUCGUGGGAAAUAUGAAAAACGACACUACCGACGAAGACGAAUUGAGGAAGCUGCAAGCACAGGGUCUCAUGAUACCGAAAUUUCUGGCAAAAAUGCAACAACGAGCUCUUGAACGUGGACACAAACACCAGGAAGCCAAAGAACGGCGAAUGCGAAUGGAAAAGGAACGAGAGGAGAACAAACUGGCUGCUGAAGAGGCAAAACGUCUAGAGGACGAGGAAGCUCGCAAGAAACGUUACCGAGAGAUGCGCGAAAAACGUAAGCUAGAGAAGUUACAGAAGAUUAUUCGCGAGCAGGAACGGCAAGCCUGGAUUGCGAAUAACCAGAUUGCCAAGGAAUUUCGCUUACUGAAGCUCAAGCGGCUCGGUAUUUUCGCAUUCAAGUUACUGCUCGGCAUUAGGAGAGACAACGAGCGUCGUGCCAUGGCCGCUCGGAGAAGAUACUGCAAAAAGAAGUGCUUUAGGAAAUGGUGGGGAUUGACCAAUUCACUCUGGGAGAGCAAAAAGCAAAAGGCGGACGAGCUCGCAAAUACAAAACUGAUGAAGGUUGCGAUGAACUGUUGGAGAAAGUACUGUCACGAACAGCGCAAAAAGAUGCAGGUAGCCGUCGACUGGCACGAAGUUCGCCUUACGGAGAAGAUCAUCUCGAUAUGGAUCGGACGCACCAAACAUGCCCUUUUGAUAGUGCAGGGCAAAAUGUCCCACGCAGCAGCUCACUAUGAAUGGCAACUUAAAUGGAAGGUUUUCGAGCGUUGGCAACGGCUGCACAUUAUACUGAGAAUCGAAAAAGAGACUGAACAACGACGCCAACGAUGGCGAAUGAAGAUAUGGGAGCUACUGCCAGACUACAAACCGAUUGAUGAUGAAAUUUAACAAAACUGUAUUGGAAAAAAUGUUCUACGUAAGUCUGAUUUUAAUUAGUGGUUUUUCUGACAGUUGUCAUGUAGUUUUUCGAAAUAUUUUUACCAUAACAAAUAAAGAUUUUACUAAACAUCAUAAGGUAAAGUGAUAUAUGAUAAUAACUUACAACG